CCGACGAGGAGGGAAGGCUGGCCGGGCUCGACGCCAGCUCCACCUCUCUGGCGCGGCGCUGGGGCAGCUCCGCCGCCUCUUCGCUUCCUCCCCGACCUCUCCACACGGCGUGCCUCUGACGCGCCGGCCCCUUUCGCCCGGCGAGCUCUUCCACCUCUCCGGGCGCCAAGCAGCAGCCGGUCCGAGCCGCUCGGCAGCGGAAAGAGCCCGACGCGGGGAGACCGAGCGAGGUUAGCGAGCGAGCGAGCGCCCGGCCGUCCUUCCCGCCUUUGGCGGCACCUGCACCAUAACCACGCCGCGGCUUCCGACCGACUCCUUCGUGGCUUCGCGGCUCGGUGACCCUCCACUCCCCGGCCGGCGGGUCCUCCUUUCGGGCUGCGAGGAAGGCGCUCGCUUCUCUCCCUCUCUCUCUCUCUCUCCGCAAGGUCAACCCGCCUGGACGUCUGCGCUGCAGCGGCGGCUGAGCAAGAGGAGGCUGCAGCCGGUUCCUCCUCCUCCUCCUGCCUGCGGAGAGGUGAGGAAGCCGCGGCUUGCACAAGCUCGCCGGCCGAGAUUUGGGAAUGAACGACGGGCGGGAGGCGCCACGGACACCUCGCUUCUAUUGAUGCGUCCUUUCAGCCUGAGUGUAUCUUAGAAAGAAUUUGUAACUGCCACCGCACAAAUUUGCCUAGAAUUUGUACUGUGUCGCAUUUCCAUGGGGACCGUACAAGAUCCACUGAGAUCUACUAAGCUUUCAUUGGUCACAGCUGAAGAAUCUCCUAAACACCUGUGCAAGCAAGCGAGCAUAGAAAGCAGCAGUAAUGGAUAUCCUUUUACUGCCAAGGACCAGCUGUCUGGAGGAUGCUUGUUGGAAGUGAACUCUGGCAGAGAAACCAACGUUCCAAAGAGUGACUGGCAUUGUGAAUAUGACAUUAAGCAUCCAAACAUACUUUCUCCUGGGUCCUUCAGCUUUUCCAAAGAAGGCAGCAUGGCAGCUCCAGAACCAGUAAGCUACGCUAAGCAGGAGGGCUCCAGAGCCAAGGUCCAAAUGUCAGUACCUGAAGCCCACCCCUCAGAGCAUGGUGAAGUUAAAGUGCCUCUUACCCAAGAGGCUAACCAAAAUAUUCCAAGCAGUGGCGGACAAUCAUGUAAUAUAAUUGAUAAAGCAACCGUACUUCCUGGAGGAGACCUUGAUAUUACGGAGAGCAAAUCCAAGGAUUAUUCCAUUGUUCCUUCCCUUCCUAUUUAUUCUAAUAUCCAGCAAGCAUCUCCUGUGGGGAAGGACAAUAUGUGCGAAGUUAUCAUCUCUGAAACCAGUCCAGUCUUGGUUUCGUCUGAUGAGAUGGGUCUCAAUCCAAAAGCUCCUGUUGGUGUGGAAACAGAAUUGGGGAAUACAAAUGAUGCAAAUGUCUGUCCUAAGACUGAGCCACAGACUGCAUCCGAAUUUAGCAACCUGGAGACGUCGUGUACGGGCAGUGAGGAGCCUACAGCAAAAGUGGUACCAAACCUGUCCAAAUUCAAAGACACAGGUACAAUGACUGUAAAGCCCGAGAACAAAUCUGUAGAGGCAGAGACGAUAAGCAGGACUCAUCAAGACGCUGGGGUUCAAGCUGUAGCCAGUGUGGAAAGCAGGUCAGCUUCUACCAGCCCAAGUAUCUUGACGGCAUUCUUGAGGGAGAACAUGUCUCCUGAGGCGAAACAAGACCAAGAUCAGUUGCACGUGAUUUACACGGGAGCCAGAGGGAAAGAGCAACCUGAAAUCAUUGGGGACUUUGCAGCCACUGUCCAAACACCUUCCCCCAUUGGCAUCAUGCACAAGGUACGUGUUCAAAUACCACCUGCAAGAGAAAACCCUCUGGGAAGUCCUAAUGUCAGACUUCAGGAGAAUCUCACAAACACGCACGAUCCGAUCUGCGCAGCUUUGUUGGAUAAGGCAGCCAGGGUGUGUUCAUCUGAUGAUUCUCAGGAAACUUUGGCCAAGAGGACAGAGGUGCAAACGACGGGCGUGGCUAAAAAUCGCGGCGACGUUCCGCAGCAGCUGUCAGACAAUUCGGUUUUGCAGAAGGCAAGACCCGUUUCCCAAAUCAGUCUGAGUUCUAGUCAUCCACCCGUGUCUACCCAGCACCCUGCAAACUUUGAAACCAAACUACCUCCAUCUUUUGCAACCCCAACCAUCGAUAGUAGAUAUCAACCCGCUGAUCCCUCUUCGUUCCGAGAACAUCCUCUUCCUUUGUGUCCCAGGACAUCUGAACAAGCCAAGGCUAUAGUUAUCGGUAUGAAUACUGAAAGGACCUAUCAGGAGAAACAGCUGCAGAUCAAGGCUGUUGAUAACCUUGAGACAGCUCUGCCCAGUUUUCCCAUUGCUAUGCAUCUAAAGAGAGAAGGAAAGGUCCAUCUCAUAUCUGAAGAACAAAAAAUCAACAUGACAGGGUCUAUUAUUGGCUCCCGAACAAUGAGUGCUCCAGUUGUAGCAGAAAGCAAGCAAGAUACGGUUCCUGGUGAUGCCAAGACAGAAACUUUGGCCGGUAAGAAUCCAAUCUCCAAGUUGAGUAGAAGUUUUGGCGCUGCCAUAGGAAUCCAGAGUGAUAAAAUCCAGAAGGGCCUGGUGCUUGAUGUGCCGGCUGCUCGUACUUCUUCAAGUCCUACACCACGUCUUGGUGAAAAGAAGAAAGGGCCCAAGGCUUUUGCUGCCGAGGCCAAAAUGCACCUGAAGCAGUCCAAGCGUGUCAGGGAUGUUGUGUGGGAUGAACAGGGCAUGACCUGGGAGGUUUAUGGAGCAUCCCUCGAUCCAGAAUCGUUGGGAAUCGCUAUCCAGAACCACUUGCAGAGGCAGAUCAGAGAGCAUGAAAAACUGAUCAAGGCUCAAAGCCCCCAGGCCCGUAAAUCCAUAUCUUCAGAUACAUCUUCAAACAAAAAAUUGAAAGGGAGGCAUCACAGCGUUUUUCAGUCCAUGCUGCAGAAUUUCCGGCGCCCAAAUUGUUGCGUUCGUCCUGGGGCUUCUUCUGUGUUGGACUGAAAAAAAAAAAAUCAGAAACGAGGAUGGGAACGUAACACAUCCGUUUGUGCGCACUUGUGUACUUGCACAAGGAACUCUAUGGAUAGUUGAGAUUCUAAUACGCUGAUACAGGGUUGAGGGGAGAGGAGAUGAUGACGGUAUAUUUCGUUCCCACUGGUUAACAUGCCUUCAUCUCUCGAAUUUCUGCAAAUAACACAUGAAACAUUCAGGUUCAUGCCGGGAACUUCCCAGUCAUUUGCCAAAAUAAAAUAGAAGUACAUGGUGAAGCACAAUUCAGAAUGUCAGGUUACGUAAGUAACCCACAUUAGCUUUAGAUAAAAAGAGAGGGGUGACUAAAUCUUAAAUAGAUUGUUUUAUUUUUUUCAUGAGAUAAUGUAGAAAAACAUUCCCAAACUGGGGAGUGGAAAGAAGGAAAGUUGGGUUGGGUUAGAAAGGUUGGGUUGGGUUAGAAAAGUUAGAAGGAAUGGUGCUUUCUUAACUCUAUAAACCACAGGGGUGUCUUAACUUGGGAACUUUAAGACUUGUGGACUUCAACUCCCAGAAUUCCCCUGGGGAAUUCCCCUGGGGAAUUCUGGGAGUUGAAGUCCACAAGUCUUGAAGUUCCCAAGUUUAGACACCCCUGGUAAAAACCCUUCAAAGUUGAGACUCGUCUACACAUUAGAUGCAGGAUCUAGUGCCCAAACCCUUCCAGCUGAGUUUUGCCCAUUGGCAGCCACUGCCAGCCUUGCCUCACUGAAGGUGCUUAAUCUCAAAUGAAAAGUGCAUAAGUUUCCAACUGUCCUGAUACUUCAAAGCCAGAUUUUGUCUUAAGCAUUUGGGAUUUCCGUGUAUUCAUUUACAUGCUGCUUUUUGUUUUGUGCCUUGUUUUCUCUAAUGAUUCUCAGAGAACGGAUGAAUACACACACACACACACACACACACACACACACACAAAAAAAAAAAAGCACUUCACAUAAUACUAGAGAAAAUAGGAUGGAUGGAAAUCUAGAGUGGAUUGGAGAAAUUAAGAAUUGGUAGAAUCUUUUGC